CUGCUUUUGCCCUCUUUCACUGUCCACUCCUGGUUUUCUUGCUCUCCAAGAUGACCUGUCAAGCGGAUUACCACAGAGAGAGAUUAAUGGUGGAGGCGGGUUGCAAUAAUAAUCGUUUUGUUUGAUGUGACAACUUUGAUAGGCGUUGAUUUACUUACAAACUGAUAGGCUUUUAAUUGAGCGCCUCUACCCCGAUUGAGAUGAAAGGAAACCCGCAUUGAAAAGAUGCCCGAUUGCCCCAGAGCCUCAAUACUGAUUAGCCAUCUCAGCGGUGAAUAGUUCAAGGCAUUUUAAACUUCUAUUCUCAACGUCCUGACACACCAUUUCUCUUCUUUUAUUUCUUUCAGGCCGCUUUUAUACUUAUAUAUAGAAAAUAAAUCAUUUUCAUUGUAUGUUAAUAAAAUCGAUUUGACGUCUAUACAAAAUGUCUGGACUAUUUUACUUUUGUGUAUUUUCUUUAUUAUUGUUGGGGAUCACAAUGAGUCAGAUCCAAGUGAAAAGUUUUAACAAAAAUUAUAAUGCGCGCAUCUGCGCGUUUGCAUUAGCCCACCUGCACGAGGAAGUUUUCUCAAACUCAAAUACCUUUCACCCCCGAAAAGUAGCCUAAACAUGCUAGACCCUAGAUGUGUCGAAUCGUGUCUAAAGGUACUCUUAUGGUAAACCAGAUGUAUGAUAGGCAACUGAAGGACUUUAUGUCCCCUAUCCAAACGUGUGGGUCAUUAGCCUCGUCUAUUUUCGUUUCUUUAUUUGCACAGACGGUUCCUAAAUAUGUUUUCUAGCCUUGAUAAACUGCUCGACUGAGUUAUUUGUAGGCCUACUGUAUGCCUAAUUGAUUUAUACAUUUGGUGUUUAACACAUUAUGCAGGUUACAUAGCCAAUCACACAGCAGAGUAGGCCUACCAUAUAGCCUAGACUACUAAAUAGUAGUAUAGUCAUAACACAUAAUAUAACUUAUUGAAUACAAAUAAAUAAAUCCAAGUACAAUUGGCAUCGAGUUCUACGUCCGAAAUCAUUUAGGCUACUGCGCACGGGGAAUUUUUUUAAAUCUGAUUUUGUCCAGGGAAAUACUGACACUGAGUCAUGUUUAGGCUACACGAGUCCAUAGCCUUUAAAGGUUUACGCACAUCUUUUCAUUUUGGGGGGCAAAAUCCAAUGUAGUUCCAACUCGACACAGAGGAGUCUCAAGUUACGUCGCCGUCUGCGUUGUUAAUGUAUUGACAAAUUAAAUCUUACACGUGAAUGAUUUAUUUCCCCCAAAUUAAGUGUCUAUUCUAAAAUGCCACUCCACUCAUUUGUCCUUUUCCUCAGUCACACUCGCAUGUAAUCAGCUACAAUAGCUGACAUAAAUCAACCGAGGAUUGACAGCGCCUGACAAAUAACUGAUUGAUUGCGGUAGAGCAGAAUUGACAGUUGACGGAGGGGUGGAGAUGGAAAUAGAAGGGCGGUGUAUAUUAUACUGAAAACAUGUGACAUUCACAUCCCUCCAUCACUUCAUUGGUCUGUUCCUGUCAACGCUUGUCUGAAUGGGGAAUGCAAGAUGAAGCUGGUUGGUUUUAUGUUUGUGGUUCAGUUUAGACCCACUAAAAGUCAAACAUUAUCCUAAAUUCAAGUUACGGUUUCAAAAACGAUACAAUCGCUUUUUCUGGUAUGAAGGUAAAUAUUAACACGCGCUGGUCUUAAAAUGUAGCUAUACAUAGUCUACAGUUGUGAUAACAUAGCUUAUAAGCUCCUUUAUGUUACAGUAAGGCUACAUGUAGCCUAUUUUAUCUUAUCACAUACAAAAACAUUAUUUGAAACUAAGAUGUUACGUAGCAUGUUAUUUUAUAAUUUAAGAGGAUAGGCUCUGCUAGAACUAACACUACAGGCAAGCCUACUUUUUAGUACACGUAUGCUAUACUUUUUUUCGCACCCAAAUACUGAGCCAAUUGAAACCUCGAGUCUAAAGAAAAGUGAAAGCGUACACAGCAACCCAAAUAUUCACAAUCGUCUACUCCCCCGAUCUGUCAAAAUAGAGGAGUUUACAAAGAGAAGAACGUCACAUCCCCUUGACCCUCCAAUCACCUCGGGGUCCCAUUUGAUUGGAAGGCGGCAAAGGCUUUAAUCUCGGACUAAUUCAGCUCCUUUUGAAGUGAAAAUUUCUUCAGUUCGUUCUUCGGGAGUAUAGCGCGCGGACCUGCUGGGAGACACAUAGCGCGCUACGCUCAUGGUGCAAGACGCAGCCACGGAUCCGCGAUAACCUCGCACUUGCUCCAUUCUACUAUACCGCACCUCACUCCUAAUAUACGGAUUACACGCUAUACGCCACUUUUUCUUGCUUUUUGAAAAAGGCUCUCUGCGUUUUACAUUUCUUAAUGAAUCUGAUACAUACAUCACCAACUAAUUUCUUGAGAAUUGGGACAUGAUCACAUCGCCCUCGGUCUCUGCCUUGAGAAAUAGUAAUACUCAUCUAGCCUGGAAAAGCCGCGGUUCUCGGAAUAACAGCUAUUCAAACAUCAACAAGCCGUUUCUCCACUCCGUACCUCCAUCGGACCCACGACGGCAAGCAAACCGACUCCCAAUCAAGGUUUUGAAGAUGCUUACCGCACGAUCAGGACACAUUUUGCAUCCAGAAUAUCUGCAGCCUUUGCCUUCAACCCCAAUCAGUCCAAUAGAGCUCGAUGCCAAGAAGAGUCCGUUGGCUCUGCUGGCGCAGACAUGCUCUCAAAUAGGUAAACCGGAUCCUCCGCCGUCAUCUAAACUAUCCUCAGUAACAUCAAAUGGAUCUAGUGACAAGGAGUCUAAAUCCGGUCCAUUAAAAUUGAGUGACAUCGGUGUGGAUGACAAAUCUAGUUUCAAACCGUAUUCUAAACCGUCAGAUAAGAAAGACUCGUCCACGGGCGGCUCAGGCGGAGAGAAGUCAGGUUUUCGAGUGCCGAGCGCCACCUGCCAGCCGUUUACGCCACGGACAGGCAGCCCAAAUUCCAGCACGUCUGCUUCUCCCAUGCCGUCGGAGGGUAAAUGUGGAGACAGGGAUGACAAGAAAGAUUCUGAUUGUAAUAAAAAUGGCACAACAGAUGCAUCUGGAACCACUAAUAGCCACAGCAGGAUAAGUGUGAGUUGCGGUGGAAUUAACGUGGAGGUCAACCAACAUCAGGACACGACUCCAGGAUCCAAAGCCACGUCUUCGGAGUCCUCCUCCAUAACCUCCGUUUCUUCAGCGUCUGUUCUUGGGUCUGGACUUGUUGCUCCGGUUUCCCCUUACAAACCGGGUCAGACAGUUUUCCCCUUGCCGCCUGCUGGCAUGGCCUAUCCGGGCAGUUUAGCUGGGGCCUAUGCUGGUUAUCCACAACACUUCCUACCACACGGAGGGAGCCUGGUUAACGCACAACUGGCGAGCUCACUUGGCUGCAGUAAGGCAGGAUCUAGCCCUUUGGCUGGGGCAUCUCCACCGACUAUGAUGUCAGCCAGCCUGUGUAGAGACCCUUACUGCCUAAGUUACCACUGUGCCAGUCACCUAGCAGGCGCAGCCAGUGCCUCCUGCGCCCACGACUCUGCAGCCGUAGCAGCCGCUUCUGCCCUGAAAUCUGGUUAUCCCCUUAUGUAUCCAACACAUCCUUUACACACCGUUCACGCUUCUGCGCAUUCUUUUAGUGGACAUCCGUUAUAUCCGUAUGGUUUCAUGCUACCCAACGACCCACUUCCCCAUGUUUGUAACUGGGUGUCGGCUAACGGGCCGUGUGAUAAGCGUUUCUCCUCUUCCGAAGAACUUCUGAAUCACCUGAGGACGCACACUGCUUUCACGGGGGCCGAGAAGUUGAUAUCGGGCUAUCCCAGCUCUUCAUCAUUAGCAAACGCUGCGGCAGCGGCCAUGGCGUGCCAUAUGCACAUGCCACCCUCAGGAGGCCCUGGGAGUCCCGGAACAUUGGCACUGCGAAGCCCGCAUCAUGCCUUGGGACUAAGUACCCGCUACCAUCCAUACUCAAAGAGCCCCCUGCCAAACGGCGCACCAGUCCCUGUUCCUGCGGCCACCGGCCCUUACUACUCCCCCUAUGCACUGUACGGUCAAAGACUCACAACAGCAUCUGCUCUUGGAUAUCAGUGAAACAGACUUAACUUUGAACAGUUUAUAGUUAUAAGAAUGCAAAUAUAAAGACUUUUAUAAUGACGCUCCACCUAUGGACGGGAUCCGUGGACUCAACUGUAUUUAUUUAUGUCAGCUUAAAGCAGACGAUGAUAGCUACAAAUGGAAGAUAUUUGAGCAAAUCAAAAGUGCAUUAUGUUUAAACAGAAGUUUGGUGAAGUGGAAACACACGGUAGAAUAGUCUACUAAUAAGACAGAGGUCUUCAUUUCGAUGUUGAUUUGAAAUUGCUAUGAUUGUAUUGUUCUUAUUUAAUGUCUCAUCCAGAAGAAAAUAAUUUACAUGCAUGUUUGUUUCUUAAAUCCCAAAUUGUCCAUAAAUUUUAAUUGCCGUUAUUUUUCAGGUGUAAACCAUGGAAAGAGAAUUGGUAUUUUUUUGUAUGUAUAUUGAAAAAUAAGAAACAGUUCUGUUCCAUA